AUGGUAAUAAGAAAAAGCCUUGAACCUCUGCAGAUCCAGGCUUUCUUAUUUUUCUGCAGAGAAAGAAAAUGUCCCACAGAACUGUGUAGUGAGCAACCAGUGUCAUCAGUUACACCACCACAUCUGAUAGGAUUCCCAAACUAUGGCAACACAUGUUACCUAAAUUCAGUCAUCCAGUCAUUAUUUGGUCUUUCUUCAUUCCUACUGGAUUACCGGAUAGUGGCUUCACACCUGGAUAUGGCCCACACAUCUCUCUUCUAUGGUCUGAGUCAAGUGCUGUCAAAUAGAAUGAAGGGCCAAGUAUCUGGUGUGAAACAGUCUCUCAAAACUGUGAAGGAGAAUUUAGAACGUGUUGAUGGUUCCUUCUCUGGUUUCAAAAUGCAGGAUGCAAAUGAAUUCCUCACACGGGUCCUGGACACCAUCAAAGAUGAGAUAGACCGCUGCCACAUGACCACACCAAGUCCAGACCGCCCUUCUGGCUCACAGUCUCUUGCAUGCACCCCAAAUGGAGAGCUGGAUGAGGAAGUGUAUCUCAACGGCUGCACUAGAAGAGAUCCCAGUCCUGUUAAACAAGAUACAGUGAAAAAUAAUGAUGCUUCUCCAGUCAAAAGCCCUGAAUUAGAGACUAAAACUUACUGUAAUGGUGAGGGUAUUCCAGAAGAAGUAUGCAUGGAGAAUUUGCAAGACCUAGAUGCAGAUGAUGUACUUGCAGAAAGAAUAGCCUCAAGAGAAAAUGCACAACUUGACACCCCAACCAAGCAUACUGCACCAGAAGUAAUCCAAAAAUCCAGUGAAGGAUAAUUUUGAGUUUCAGCUGCUUGAAUCCUAUAGAUGUUUGGG